AUGACUAAAGAGCAGACUGCCAAGGUGGAGGAGGAGGCCCAGCCGGCCUCUGAGUACCAGAGCCCAGUUCACGAGCCCCGGAAGAGGCCCAUGGUCCACCCAUCUGCCCAGGCCCCCCUCCCCAAAGACUAUGGUGGGUCAUAGGCCUCAGUCUCCAGGGCCCAUAUUCACAAGAAGUGUCUCAUAGUAGUGCUUUUUAGAUCAUAAUGAAUAAGACUUUGGGACGUUUUGUGAAUACAGGCCAAGGCCCUUUGUCAAUGCUCCCUACUCAACACUGCUUUAUAUGUAACAGUGGAUUUUGGGCUCUGGGCCAUGUGCUGCUGUAGCCUCGAUCCACAAAGAGCCUUUCACCAAGCACAGACCACUGCCUGGUCAAACAACCUCUGCAGAUUCAUAGAAACAUAAUGAAAAUAUUUAAUGUAUGUAUAUUAUCAUAAAUAAGUGAACAAGGACUUUUAUAGCAUGUUAUUGUAGAUGGAUCUUGGUUUGGGGCUGUUUGUGCAAACAGUAUGAUACUGCUGGACUUAUUCCACUCUAUGCCAAUGAAUGUAAGUUGUUUCUGCAGGCUAGCAUGAUGUAAAGCUUUUAAUUUCAGUUUGCCCACAAGCUUCAAUGCAUUUAUUAUGAUGGUUUAUUAUAAAAACAAAGUAAGAUCAAUUGUGUUAUUUCAGUGCAACGUUUGCACUUUGAUAGGGUUUCAAUCUACCACAUGCUGCUUUUAGAAACAGUGCUUUCAGACAGGACAGAAAGAUUGGAUGUCCAACAGAGAAAACUCCAUAAGUAAUUAAAUAGAGCGCACAAACAGGCCUACUGAAAAAUACAACCCAAAAUACAAAUUACAUAAAACAUUUUUUUUUUUUUAAAGAUAUUUAAUGUCAUACAUUCAGAAUGAGUCAAUAUGCUGUCUGGACAAGAACGAAAAAUAGCAAGAGAGGUAAUUCUCUUGUUGGCAUUCCCUACCAAUCCAGUCUUCACAUUCUUUGACCCAAAUGAUCCUGCGUGUCUGGAGAUCCUGCUGGAUCCGCGCACCACCAUCCCAGAGCUGUUCGCCAUCAUCCGUCAGUGGGUCCCACAGGUCCAGCACAAGAUCGACCUCAUCGGAAACGAGGUAAGUUACUGCCAGUAGGACUUUCAACAGACUACAAGUCUGAAUACAGCUCAGACACAACACUGGCAGAAACAGAAAGAUAUAUGUUGAUAGCUGUAGGCCUAGACCAGGGAUGGGCAACUUUGAUGGGCGUGGGGUCCACAAAAAAUCUGAACUCAUCAUGUGCGGCGCGGUGGCUCACGGGUCUGCGUACCCACAUUCAUACCCACACAUGCCGUCAGAGCCAGCCCUAGCCUUUUGGGGGCCCUAAGCUAAAUUUUGUUGGGGGGGCCUACCUUGCGAGCAAAACAUUUUGCUGCUCUUGACAGCAGAAAGGAACAUUUUCAGUUUAAAGUGCAUUUCUUGCAAUUCUACACAUUUUACCAUGGGGCGGAGAGAAGAUUUUGCAAUUUUCUAACUCAUUUCAUGCCAUUCUACUCAUUUUGCCAAUGUGUGGAGAGAAAAAUUAGCAGCUUUACAGCUAAUUUCCUGCAAUUCUACACAUUGUGCAAUAGGGUGGAGAGAAAUGUUUGCAGUUUUUAAUAUGAUAUCUGAGUGAGACUGACUAACAAAAUCAGUGGGAGCCCCCCGGUCGGUAAUUCGGCUAUGAUUACUACAAGUUUACAUAGCUGGCUAGACUAAUUUACCAAUCUAAAAAAAUGUUAGCUGACAUGGGAUAAUUGAGUGUCUUUCCGAUUGACAUCACAGGAGAAAGACUGCUGAUGCACAACCAAAUUUGCACCUUGUGUAUUCAAAUAUUCUAACUCUCAACAAUAAAUUGAGAUCCCAACUGAGUUCCUAAAAACUUGAGUUCUGAGUUCUUUUUUGUGUGGAAAUUGAUCCGCGUGCCUACAAAAGGGCCGGGACACCAGUUGCCCAUCCCUGGCCUAGACGUAUCAGUACUGGUGCCAAAUCUUCUGAAUGUUUCAAAGUUGAAUUUGGAGUCUCACAAGGCUCUGUGCUUGGACCCAUAUAAUUGUUUUCUUUUUUUCUACUGUACAUAACAGACAGAUACAGUAUAUUACUGCAUAGUGCACCAAAGAUACAGGUCUCCAACCAAAAUACAAUACACAGAGGAAACAAAAUACACCAUGCAGUCAUUAGAGAACAUGGAACCACUCAUCAACAUACUGUAUCACACAACAUUGCACACCUUUUAGCCCAGAUUCAUCGAAAUCUAAAGAGCAGUGGCCUUUCAGCUGCGUGCAACCGUCUAGAGUUGGUCACCAUCGCCACAUGCUGCAUUUGCAGUAAGGAGAGAAGUCCAUUGGUCUGUGCUCAGCUUGCUGCUCUGCUCUCAUGCUCUUAGGAGCUGCGAACAGGGCAGAGGCAUCGAGUUCCUUGAUCCCUGGAGGAAUGCAGUCAAUGCGGGCCUAGUAAUUGUGUUGUUCCCUUGCUCUUUGUGGUGAACUUCUGCGGCUCUGAGCCGGUCAGCAACGGUGCACUGUUGUUGUUGGCCAAGGUCCUGCUAGAAGAUUACAGACUCUUUAGCACACUAACCUACCGGAGUGCCAAGUCUAGGUCCAAAAGACUUCUCAACAGCUUCUACCCCCAAGCCAUAAGACUCCUGAACAGCUAAUCAUGGCUACCCGGACUAUUUGCACUGCCCCCCCACCCCAUCCUUUUUACGCUGCUGCUACUCUGUUAAGUAUUUAUGCAUAGUCACUUUAACUCUACCCACAUGUACAUAUUACCUCAACUACCUCAACUAGCCGGUGCCCCCGCACAUUGACUCUGCAACGGUACCCCCCUGUAUAUAUAGCCUCCCUACUGUCACUUUAUUUUACUGUAUAUAUAGCCUCCUUACUGUCACUUUAUUUUACUUCUGCUCUUUUUUUCUCAACACUUUUUUGUUGUUGUUGUUUUAUUCUUACUUUUUUUGUUUAAAAUAAAUGCACUGUUGGUUAAGGGCUGUAAGUAAGCAUUUCACUGCAAUGUCUGCACCUGUUGUAUUCGGCGCAUGUGACCAAUAAAAUUUGAUUUGAUUUGAUUUGAUUUGAGAUAGAGAACCCAUUAAGGCACAAGGCAAACAUAAGAUUAGUAUUUCCCAAUCCCAUGCCCAUACACAGCACAUGCUUAAUCAACAGCACAUACUGUGUAUGGGCAUGGGCAUGGGACUGGGAAAUACUAAUCUUAUGUUUGCCUUGUGCCUUAAUGGGUUCUCUUAUAAUGGGAUCUGUAUUAUGGGAGGCUUGGUGGCUUUGGCUUUAGUUGGUGGCAUGACUUACAGCACCUUGGGGCACCUUAGCAAAGUUGAGGCUGUACUAGUGGAUUUGUAAAAAAAAACACCUUCUUACUAAGGAUGUUGUCAUGUACAGUGCAUUCGGAAAGUAUUCAGAUCCCUUCACUUUUUUCCACAGCCUUAUUCUAAACUGGAUUAAGUUGUCUUGGAUGUGUGCUUAGGGUCGUUGUCCUUAUGGAAGGUGAACCUUCGCCCCCAUCUGAGGUCUGGAGCAGGUUUUCAUCAAGGAACUCUCUGUACUUUGCUCUGUUCAUCUUUUCCUCGAUCCUGACUAGUCUCCCAGUCCCUGCCGCUGAAAAACAUCCCCACAGCAUGAUGCUGCCACCACCAUGCUUCACCGUAGGGAUGGUGGCUGGUUUCCUCCAGACGUGACGCUUGGCAUUCAGGCGAAAUCUUGGUUUCAUCUGAUCAGAGAAUCUUGUUUCUCAUGGUCUGAGAGUCCUUUAGGUGCCUUUUGGCAAACUCCAAGCAGGCUGUCGUGCCUUUUACUGAGGAGUGGCUUCCGUGUGGCAACUCUACCAUAAAGGCCUGAUUGGUGCAGUGCUGCAGAGAUGGUUGUCCUUCUGGAAGGUUCUCCCAUCUCCACAGAGGAACUCUGGAGCUCUGUCAGAGUGACCAUCAGGUUCUUGGUCACCUCCCUGAACAAGGCCCUUCUCCUCCGAUUGCUCAGUUUGGCCGGGCGGCCAGCUCAAGAAGAGUCUUGCAGGUUCUAAACUUCUUUCAUUUAAGAAUGAUGGAGGCCACUGUGUUCUUGGGGACCUUCAAUGCUGCAUACGUUUUUUGGUACCCUUCCCAAGAUCUGUGCCUUGACAUAAUCCUGUCUUGGAGCUCUACGGACAUUUCCUUCGACCUCAUGGCUUGGUUUUUGCUCUGAAAUGCACUGUCAACUGUGGGACCUUAUAUAGACAGGUGUGUGCCUUUCCAAAUCAUGGGCAAUCAAUUGAAUUUACCACAUGUGGACUUCAAUAAAGUUGUAGAAACAUCUCAAGGAUAAUCAAUGGAAACAACAUGCACCUGAGCUCCAUUUCGAGUCUCAUAGCAAAGGGUAUGAAUACUUAUGUAAAUAAGGUAUUUCUGUUUUUUAUGUUUAAUACAUUUGCAAACAUUUCAAAAAACCUGUUUUCACUUUGUCAUUAUGGGGAAUUAUGUGUAAAUUGAUGAGGAAUUGUUUUAAUUUAAUCAAUUUUAGAAUAAGGCUGUAACGUAACAAAAUGAGGAAAAGGGGAAUGGGUCUGAAUCCUUUCUGAAUGCACUGUAAGGUGUAGUUAGCUAUGUUUCAGUUGAUUCCCUUUAUAUUGCUGUUGCUCAGAUGAAAGUGCACAACUUUAGCUCAGGACAAACAAUUACUGCAGUGUGAGUAGUGGUAAUGUAACCGUAGGAGCAGGAACUCUCAUAACCCUGAAGAGGAAGAGUGUGCAUACUUCAAGUUUCAGACUAAUUUCCCAAUCCUGCCCAACUAUCUUAGAGAGAGGGAAGAUAUGCCCCAUAACACAUGUACACAGACACACACACACAUACAAAUACACACUCUUAGUUAACUUAGUUUCCUCUUAGCGAUGCAGCUUUUAGUGUUAGGAUUGAUCGUAAAGUCAGCCUCAGUUCCUGGGUGUCCCCGGGACCCCAUGAUGGCUGUGAUUGAUGGCUGAGAUAAUAGGGCCUUUCCAUUACCCAGACAGGCUCUGCACUAAGGCAGACUCUAAAUCAGAUCGUCAGAUAUGGGCAAAGAACCAUUCCGCCGCACCCUCAGUAAACAACCUCAGCCCUCUGGCAAAUAGUCAAUGUCUUUACAUUUUUUAAAGUGUUUUUAUUAACAGAGAUGCAUUGACUUAUCUGCAAAAGGCCUGUGUGGGUGUAGGCUUUUGCUCCAAUCAAAGCAGAACGCACCUGGCGCUUACAGAUUGGCCACCGCUUCUUUACAAACUACUUGGACAGCAAGAAUUUCCACCAAUAUCAGUUACUACUAGCCCCAAAUUCCUUUUCGACAGUGCUAGCCUUGUGUUAGCACUGCAGCUACAGGGAUCCAUCUUAUAGAAUCCAUGUUGAAUUAAUGUUGAAUCAUGAAAGUGUGCAUGGUGGUGUCAUCGUUAAGCCUCAGGAGAAGACCUGUCUGAUAAUAUCAUGUUAAUUCAGUUGGACUACAUGUCUCUGUAUGAAAAGGCAUAAUGUCAGGGCUUGAGGAGAGUGCUCAUUUCAUCUCUCUUGAAUGACACUGAUGGAUAAUGAACUAUCCCGAGAUAGUUGCUAGUCUAGUUCAGGAAUCAGGAUGGGUCCUUUUUCACUUGUCACUCGGCACCCGUCACUGCUGUCUGUUUGCACCAGAGGAGAGAGCUAAUUAACUGGAGUUUCACUGCUUCUUUAAUCUUCACCAUUGGGAAUAUGGCUUUACAUAGCACAUCUGACACUCAGCAAAACAUUGAUGGAGGUUUUUCGACAUUGUAAAGGCUGCUAUGAAUAGUUUGCUAUUAACUCCUAGUUGUACUAUUUUCAAUGUACCUAGUACAAACGUAGAUAUUCAGUUGAAACUGCAUAGUAAAUUAAUGGCACUUCCAGUAACGACUGCCAUCAUUUCAAUAUUUGUGUCCCUUUGUUUUACCCUAUCCAAAAUGGCUUCCAGUUCCUCAUGUAGAUGUAUGCUACUCAGCAAUGAUAGCCUCUGAUGAAAUUGCAAUGCAGUGGAAAUGACGUAGCGCUUAAUUCAUGACUCAGCAGGAAUUCAUAACUCCCCAUCAUUAGAGUUCACUAACACGUGUCGUCUGUGCUAAUUGGGUGUGAAUGGCUCAUCCUGCUAAUGUGGCUACGCUAAGAACAGGAAGCAUCUCUCAGAGAGAUGAGAGGCUAUGGCCCUGGGGUGGUGUGGUCUGUAUGUGUGGUGUGAGUGAUGACUGGCCUUAGUGUUUCAUAGUGUUUUAAAAGGCAUCUGCUCUCUCUUCCUUUCCCCUAGCAUCUCUUUCACUCUCUCUCUCUCUCUCUCUCUCUCUCUCUCUCUCUCUCUCUCUCUCUCUCUCUCUCUCUCUCAGUUCACUGAACAGUCCUUGUCUCCUCUUACAGAUCUUGAAGCGUGGUUGCCAUGUCAAUGACCGUGACGGACUGACAGACAUGACCUUGCUCCACUACAGUUGCAAAGCCGGGGCCCAUGGAGUCGGUGAGUCUCUCAAACCCUCAACUGAUUGUUAAUUUCAAAUGUCUGAAUCCUCAAUAAAGCUUUCAUAAUAUAACGUGUUUUUAGCCUAAGAUUCAAUGCAGAUUUACUGUAGUUUCCUACACAUUUUGUCCAUCUUGUGACCCCAUCCAGGUGACCCUGCCGCUGCCCUCAGGCUGUCCAAUCUGCUAAUUUCCAUGGGGGCAGACGUGAGUCUCCGCAGCCGCUGGACCAACAUGAACGCCCUGCACUACGCAGCCUACUUCGAUGUGCCAGAGCUGAUUCGCAUUCUCCUCAAGGCCUCCAAACCCAGAGGUGAGUAGCAUCAACACAACCCAUGUAGUCUACCUAGCCAACUAACAACAUAGUCAGUCCUCAUGAGCUGUUGGAGAUUAAUAAACCUCCCCAAACACUCCCUGGACAACUUUCCUCACCCUGUUCGCACACUCACUCAUAAAUACACACACACUCACACUCCAUAGCUCCUGCUUGGGCCUGUCUUGUCAGUUCUGGCAUGCUCCUGUAUGUCCUGUGUGUUCCUAUAUGUCUGUGUUCCUCUAUGUCCCUCCCCUCCCUGGACUUCCAAUCAGAACUAACACUCCAUCCAGCCCAUACAAGCAUUGACCCAAGGACAUUUAAUUAACUCCUACAUUGAUUUCUCAUCGCUCCACCACACUGACCAUUGAUUGGCCAUUUCGUUUCAUUGUUAUUUUCCUGUCUACGGACCAUGUGGCUCAAACACCACACGAGACUCCUAAGAGAAGAAAUUGGUAAUGCUUUCAGAGACCCCUAGGAGAAGAAAUUGGUAAUGCUUUCAGAGAUCACUAGGAGAAGAAAUUGGUAACGCUUUCAGAGACCCCUAGGAGAAGAAAUUGGUAACGCUUUCAGAAACCCCUAAGAGAAGAAAUUGGUUACGCUUUCAGAAACCCCUAAGAGAAGAAAUUGGUUACGCUUUCAGAAUAAAACGAUGAUAAUAGCUGUCUUUGGCAAUACAAUUCUGAUUGAUUUGUUCUGAACCUGGUUGUACUGUCUCUGUAGUGCUGAAUUCCACCUGCAGUGACUUCCACCAUGGCACAGCCCUGCACAUCGCUGCCUCCAACCUGUGUCUGGGAUCAGUCCAGUGUCUGCUAGAGCAUGGAGCCAACCCCACUGUCAGGGUAAGAGCACUAUUGACUGUCUAUACCUCUGUUUGUAUGUCUCUUUCUCAUGGUAACUAACUACAGACAGAAGUGCUGAAAUUGAAUAUGGCAUAUAUACUCACUGGACAGUUUAUUAGGUACACCACCCUGUUCAUGAAAAUUGAUCGCUCCUACAGACAGUGAGUCUUGUGGCCUGAUAUAUAAAGCAGGCAGACAGGUUUUGAGGCAUUCAGUUACUGUUCGAUUGAAUGUUAGAAUGGGCAAAACGAGUGACCUAAGCGACUUUGAGCAUGGUAUGAUCGUCGGUGCCAGGCGCACCGGAUCCAGUAUCUCAGAAACGUCCGCCCUCAUGGGCUUUUCACGCACGACAUUGUCUAGGGUUUACCAAGAAUGGUGCGACAAUCAAAAAACAUCCAGUCAGCAGCAGUCCUGUGGGUGAAAACAGCUCGCUGAUGAUAGAGGUCGAAGGAGAAUAGCAAGAAUCGUGCAAGCUACACUCUUAGAAAAAAGGGUUCCAAAAGGGUCCUUCGACUGUCCCCAUAGGAGAACCCUUUUUGGUUCCAGGUAGAACCAUUUUGGGUUCCAUGUUGAACCCUCUGUAGAAAGGGUUCUACAUGGAACCUAAAAGGGUUCUACCUGGAACACAAUGUGUUCUACCUGCAACCAAAAAGGGUUGUUCAAAGGGUUCUCAUAUGGGGACAGCCGAAGAACCUUUUACGGUUCUAAAUAGCACCUUUUUUUUUCUAAGAGUGUAACAGGCGGGCAACAAACAGAUAAAUAACACUGCAGUACAACAGUGGUGUGCAGAACAGCAACUCGUCGAUCCUUGUCAUGGAUGGGCUAUUGCAGCAGACGACCACACCGGGUUCCACUCCAUCAGCUAAAAACAAGAAGAAGCCGCUCCAGUGAGCAUGCGAUCACCAACACUGGACAAUUGAGGAGUGGAGAAACAUAGCCUGGAACAUGAUAGCGAGUUCAGUUUACUUGAGUGGCCUGCGCAGUCGCCAGACCUCAAACCAAUAGAGCAUCUUUGGGAUGAGAUGGAACAGGCUGUUCGCAGCAUGAAUGUACCGCCGUCCAAUCUGCAGCAACUGCAUGCCAUCGCGUCAGCAUGGACCAACAUACCUGUGGAACAUUUCCUACACCUUGUAGAAUGCUCUGAAUAAUUCAGGUUGUUCUGGAGGUAAAGGAGGGUCUGACCUGGGACUAGAUGGGUGUACCUAAUAAAAUGGGUGUACAUUUGUGGUUUCAUGUCAUCUUUGAUAUGAUUUCAUGGUAACUUAAAUGAGGGCUGAACUUCCUGAUUUGGCCUCGUUUUGAGAAUUGUCUUAGGGGGGUGGUUUAAUAAGUGUCUCUUUUGUGUGUGUUCGCAUGUGGCAAGCAGUGUAUGGUUUGUUCAUUCACUCUCCCAAAACAGUACACAGUUACAGCCACUCACCCUUCUAGAUAACUUGAAACAGUCUAACCAGGUCUUGUGUCUUGAAGUCGUCUAGGAAAGCUAUUGCUAGCCAACUUCUUUCGCCUAUUAGUUUCAGCCGGCUGGUGUGCGACCGUGGCAAAAUUGGUUUGACAUUGGAUAGCGCUGGGGCUAGUUAGGGACCAUCAAUAAAUUACACAAUGUAAAUGGCACAAUAUUUUCAUGUUGCACAUCUUUUAGUUGUCUCAUUAAAUUAUUUCAAUAUUUGUAUAUGCAUUUCUACAAUUUAUAGUUGGUUAAGACAUUGAAAUUUGGAGCUAUUGGCAUUUUCAAAUAUUGUCUCAUGCACAUUUGUAAUUUACUGAUGGUGCCUAACUAGCCCCAUAGAGCUAUCGAAUGUCAAACCAAAUUGAUCAUGGACAUUAUGAUCAGGUCUCGUGAAAUAAACCCAACCAAAGGAAAACUGUUACAGUACCCUUCAUUCCAUGACAUACUAUUAUAACUGUUUCUGACUCAUAUUGAUGCCACAUAGGCUUUUUUCAAAACGAGAAGUUGCUUUUUAGGGGAAGUUGCUCUUUAAAAACAAUGUUUCAGAUAAAAACAGAUUCUGUUUCUGUUUUAUGUGGGGAUGACUUCUACACAAAACAGUAAAAAUAUGCCAAUUUAUUCCUCAUGUCUCUUUCUCUCUCUCCAUCUCUCUCUCCCUACAUCCUCUUCUCUCUCGCUCUCUCUCUCUCUUACAGAAUGAUAAAGGCCAGGGGCCGGCCGAUGUGGUCCCUGACCCCAUGGACAUGACUCUGGACAAAGCGGAGGCGGCCAUGGUGGCGAAGGAGCUGAAGCAGCUGCUGCUGGACUCUGUGCCCCUCAGCUGCAACCUGCCCCGCGCCACCCUGCUCAACUACGACAACAUCCCUGGCAACCUCAUGCUCACCUCCAUCGGCCUCAAACUGGGUGACCGUGUGGUGCUGGACGACAUGAAGGUGUGUGUGUGCGUUUUGUCGGGAUUGGGAGGCAAAGGAUGAGAAAUGGGAGCCUCAAAGAAUUGAAACAGUGAAUUAAAAUAAAAUGCUGAAUUUUGUGAGCACGUUUAUGUGCAUGAGACCAUUUCAAUGGCUUUCAAUUAUCUUUUUUUUAAAAGUGGCCAGUAUGAGGUCGCAUUCAUCCUAUAUGGUGGAGCCCUGCUGCUUGUUGUACUGUGUGAGAAGAGAACGUGAAUUCUAGCAAACAUUUAUUCCCACUUGUGUUAACACGUAUAGCUCCCCAAAAAAUCGAGCAGUGAUGAAAUUGACAUCUCAGCUCUGCAUCACCUGAAGCAGGUGGGUAGCCAUCGACCUGUGUGUCUACUUGCAUAACUGAACACAUUUAAUUGUGUUUUCAGGUGUAUUUCCAUGACUGACCGCAUUACUGACUGCACUAAAUGACGUAGUCUCCCUUGGUGCAUUCAUUUGGUAUCUACUAUGCAUCACUCACUGCAGUUAAAAUGCAUUGGAAACCUAUGUGUGGCCUAUGUGUAUUUUUACGUCUGUCUGUAAUGUGCAGCUUUAUUGCACCUCUCACUGUGUUCAAACGUACACUCGUGACCAAAAGUAUGUGGACACCUGCUCGUCGAACAUCUCAUUCCAAAAUCAUGGGCAUUAAUAUGGAGUUGGUCCCCCCUUUGCUGCUAUAACAACCUCCACUCUUCUGGGAAGGCAUUCCACUAGAUGUUGGAACAUUGCUGCGUGGACUGUAUUCUCGAUUUUAUACACCUGUCAGCAAAUCCACUCAUUUGAAGGGCUGUCCACAUACUUUUUUAUAUAUAGAAUAUGUCCUACUGACCACAACAUAACCACUUAAAACAUGUUAUUGUGCUGAGAUGUGUAGACUACUCUAUUAACCGUAGCCUAGUAUGUCAGUAGUCAAGUAUGACAGAAAAACAGCAGAUCAGUAUGCUGCCCUGGUCUAGAGAAGUCUCUGAGACUAGUGCAGCCUACCUCAGUGCUGUGGAGAAGUGUUGUUAACUAUUUAAUCCUGCCUGGUAUCACCUUCAAUAAUACAAGAAUAAAAAUCAUGUGUUUUUUUAUGAGCUCCUGUGGGGAUCAAUAAGGUUAAUUCAAUUUGCUAGUAAAAAUCUAAUUUAAACAAGAGAGGUAAAUGUCAGAGCUGAUGUUGAAUCCUGGCCCUCACACAGUCUCUCCUCCACAGACGGGCACCCUGCGCUUCUGUGGGACGACGGAGUUUGCCAGUGGCCAGUGGGUGGGGGUGGAGCUGGACGAGCCAGAGGGCAAGAAUGACGGGAGUGUGGGAGGGGUGCGUUACUUCAUCUGCCCCCCCAAACUGGGUAACCACCUGUUAUUUCACUCCCAUUUUGGGAAUUCUUACUUAAAUAUAUUGUUGAAAUGUGUCAAGCUUCCCCUUGAGAAAAGAGCAAAGCGAAAACUUGAUUUCAUAACUUUUGUGUACAGGUAGUUUUCAGAAAAACAGCUGUGGUAAAUUUGAUAUGAGCUUGCAGGUUUUUUCAGGGUUUUCUCUAAUCACUUCUAUUGUCCUGAAGGUAUCUUUGCUCCAGUGUCGAAAAUCGCCAAAGCUGUUGAGAAGGCCCCCUCCUCUGUCACCUCCACACCCAAGACCCCCCGCAUGGACUUCUCCCGCGUCACAGGAAAGAACAAGAAAGAAAAGAAGGAACUAAUGGAGAGAGAGAAAGGUACAAGAGUCUCCCCAUCAAGGGCCAUUGCAUUCAAUCUCAUAGGAGCACAACAAGCCAUCUGUUGAUUCACAGACUUUAUAACACAUAAAUAACACAUGCCUCAUAGACUUUAUAACACAUUAUAACAUGUUAACGAACAUUUGAUUGAUUUCCUCCAUCAGCUCUGAGGAAGAAGUCUAUGUCCAUGGCCAGUCUGGACCCAGAUGGGGUGAAGGUGGAACUUGGAGACCAGGUGCUGGUUGCUGGUGUGAAGCAAGGAAUCAUACGCUAUUACGGAAAGACAGACUUUGCCCCAGGUAGGUCUGUUGUGAAAUCAAGUCAUUGCAACACUGGUGGUGAUAUUUAAAAGAAAUGUUUGACAAAUGAUUAGAAAUGUUUAAUCAAGUUUAAAUAUUGAUGAUGUGUGUGUGUCCAGGUUACUGGUUUGGUGUGGAGCUGGAGCAUCCCACGGGAAAACAUGACGGGUCUGUUUUUGGUGUACGCUACUUCAACUGCCUGCCCAAGUAUGGCGUCUUUGCACCCCCAUCUCGCGUACAGAGGUAACAUAACACCUACUUUAACACCUGGUUCAAAACAAUUACCCUAAAAAAAGAUAACGUAACAACUUUAUUGAUAAGAAAGCAUUUUACAGUUACCUUGCUUAUCAGUCAUUGUCAGACAGAGAGCUAGACAAUAUACAACGUGCUCUGUUGUGAUUGUAAAGUUUCAUUCUGAACAGACUGACCGUCUGGUACAAUACUAACUACUGCUGUUAAUGAUCUCUCAGAAUCUGCGGACCAAAGGACGGUCAGAGCGGCGAUGGCACGAUGGUGAAAAAAGUCCACCAGGUGUCAAGUAAGUCUCUGAGGUCAAAUCCAUCCAGCCAUGUUAGCCAGCGUGCCACACCACCCCAUGUUAUGAUAUACCUUCUACUCCCACAUCUGCAUUCUUUCCAAAGAUGUUCUUUGUUUAUUCUAGUGAACCAGCCAAAGCGUAAAUUCAACGCAGUGAGGUCACCCAAGGACAUCACGUCUGAGAGUUCAAUAUCCAGGUACAGUCUAUUCUUUUCCUCUCUCUGUUGUCUCUGAGUCAACAAAUAGCAGAUUAGAAAUAAGCCCCUGUUAAUGAAUGUGUCCAGUGACACGAAUCCCUCUUCCUCUUCCUCCUGCUCAUCCUCUUCCUCAGGUUGCUGUUCUGCUGCUGGUUCCCCUGGAUGCUGCGUGCUGAGAUGCAGUCUUAA